AUGAAACGAAGUUUUCUGCUGUUCUUGUUAUCUUUGAAGUUUUGUCAAAAUCAGUAUGUCACUCCACAGUAUGCCGAAAUUCGUGCCGUAUCAGCAAUGUGCAGUAGUGAUGGUAUAACUGCUUCAAUAGAUUUCGACAAACCAUUUACCGGAAAGAUCUACUCUUUGAAUUACGCCACUUCCAAUGACUGCCUCUACUACAAUAAUAUCGAUCGGGAUACUGUACUUUUCUCAAUUCCAGCUCAAUUGUGCGGAACGAAGUUGCAAAGAACCACGAGAAAUAUGAUCGAUCAGAUGGAGAAUAGAGUUUAUGUGCAGAUGGACAAAGACACCCAAACGUCUUCGGAUAAACAAUUCUCGUUUGUGUGCAGGUUAACCGACCCGCUGAAGACGGCUGCGGCUAAAGACGACGGAAUCGGAACAAAGGACUCUUAUCAACAACAGCCAAUUAGACCUGUUGCGAGCAGUGUGAGCACCAAAAUGCACUCAAAUCUCAUGCCAAUCAAACCGUCUGAAGUCCGUCAAGUGGCCGCAUUCUCACGAGAUUCUCACCUUGGAAACUGGCCGAUCCCGGGAGCAAAACCAUACGAACCUUCGAUGAAACCAGUAUCUACCUACCCAAUGUCACCGAUAUCACCUGAAUUAUCAGCUCCGAGCACUCACUUGGCAAAGGAUCCAUCAGAAGGAUAUGAAACUCGACUCAUUUCCACAGUUGGGAUUCCUUCGAUGCCUCCUCCAUUAUUCCCGAAUCUUCCACCUCUUCCAAUCCCUCAAAGAUCCCCUCAUGUGAUGGCUCGUGUUUUUACAACGUCUACUACUGCAUUUCCCCCAAUCAUGUUCACUUUUCCAACCACAACAACUCCUCCUCCUCUUCCAUUACCAAUUAUUCCGAAUGUUCAUUUCAAACAAGGAGUUGGAGUUCCAUUUGCUCCUGGAAUCCUUCCAUCUACAAAAGUGGAUGCUUCUCAAUGGAAUGAUCCGAAUGCAUAUGCAACUCCACCAACUGUUUCUAAUGUGGAUGUGACAACUCCUAAAACAUACCGAGAACAACCACCAACUGCAGAUGCGCCAUUUUCAUCGGAUAAUGCUAAUAGCAAGGAGAUCCACGAAGCAUCUGCAGAUGAGACAUCCGGUGCAAGCUCAGAAAAGAGCAAAAAACCUCAAUCAGAUGAUCCAGGAAGAAAUCCAGUUACAUCAGUGCUCAAAACAACUCAGGAGCAACAGAUCGAGCCAGAAGUUACACUGGAAAUUCAAAGAGGGGAAGGACCAUUUGCUCCACCGGUUACAACUCCAAUCAAAAUUGGAGACAAUAUUUCGCUGGUGGUGAAAGCCAAGAGUUACUUGAAUGAAACUGAUCAAUUCGAUAUGUUCGUCCACUCCUGCUUUGCAACAGACGGAAAAGGAGAUACAAAAGUACAGAUGAUUGAUGAGAAUGGAUGCGUAAUUCGUCGAGAGUUCGCUUCACCUCUCCAUCGAGCCAAGGAUUCCGAAAACAUGAUGUUCUACUAUCUGAUGAUAAAAGCUUUCAAAUUUCCUGGGCCCGAUGAUGUCUACUUUUCAUGUACAAUCGAGUUCACUCCGAUGAUCAAAGCUCCAAAUAUCUGCUCAAAACUGCGAAGAAGACGUGAAAUUUUGGAAGAGGGAAUGUCUGAAAUGAGGUUGUUUGACAGUGUCAGUGUCGAAUUGGACGAUGGAGAUACGAAUGUGAAGACAGAUCCUCUAAAAUCUGAAGACUGUGACACUGAAAAACAUCUCUACAUCCUUGUCAUAUGCAUCCUUCUGGCCUCCACAACGUUAUCACUUUUCUCCAAUCUUUAUCAGUAUAUCAGAGCACAAUACAAAUAG